AUUGUGUUUAUUUUUACAUUGGACUGUAUCACAAACUGAACAUUUAAAAUAUGAAAAAGGAAAAAACCUUCAUAUAACUGCCUCUCAGUGUGCCUCCUCUCUAAAGCUUCUAGGCUGCUUUCUCCACUGGGCUGCAGACCUUCCUGUCUAGUAGCUCCUGGACACCAUGUGUCCCAAACUGAACUCAUCCCUUCCCUCCAGCUGCCCCUAUUCCUGUGUUCUGUGUAUCUAUUCAUGACAUGUCCAUCCACCUGGUCAACCACGUUCAAAACUUGAAUCUUUUGACUACUCUCUAUACUUCACUUCCUAUAUCCAAUUGGUUGCCAAAUACUGCCCACUGAACAGCUUCCAAGCAUCUAAUCUCUCUCUUCUUUAUCUACUGCUGGAAUUCUCUUCCUGAAGCCCAGAUUUAUGUUAUUAUUUGCCCCCAAACCUUACAUUUUCCUCCCAUUUUCUAUGGAAUGGCCUAACUCCUUAGAAUGGUACCAAGAUUUUCCACAGUUUGGCCAUUCCUUUCCACCCCACUGCACCUUGUUUUCAUUGUCCUCAGAAUUUCAUUUAUAAAGGUGACUGGGUGAUGACAAUCAAUGAAUUAGUGGCCAAUGCCUUUGAAAAUUUUAUUAUAGUUCUCAAGAGAAGGGGCUGUGCCUACGGCCACACGAGAAAGUAUUAGGGUCAAUGAGGAGGUAGAGGGAGCGAGGAGAAAGCCCAGAGCCUUUAUUGCCGUGGGAAGGAAUGGGCGAAGCAGGGAAGGGAUGUCUGAGCAAGCUUAGGAUUGAAUAAUUUGAAUAAUGUUGGCAAGCUCUGGGAUAUAGAGGUGAAUUUUAGUUGUCUGGUACUUGGCCAUGGGGUGGUUUAUUACAGUGACUUGGGGCAGGGAAAAUAUUGGUGUGUGAGAUGGAUAAAGAUGGUGUGGGGAUAUAGGCUUGGGUUGGUUGGUUUGUAUAUGAAAGGGGUGUUCACAAGCAAGUUGUUUGCUAUCUCUAGGAAUUAGCUAACUCUGAAAGGGGCAAUUCCUCCCCAGGUCCCCAAGGCCCCAAGAUGUCAAAGCAUCAUAAAAUACAGAAAACAGAAACUAAAAUCCUUGGUUAAUACACACCUCCCUUCACACACACCCUUUACUCCCGGCUCCAGUAGCCCCAGAAAUGCUCUAGACGAAGUAAGUUCUGUAGUGCAUCUCUCAACAAUAUGCCGCCACCCAUAGCCCUGGCUGAGGAGAGCCACCAAACCUGGUACUAUGCGACCAUGGUCCUUCCCCUGGUCACUGGAUAGUGAUCGCACCCAACACAGGCACCCCCAUCUACAGGGUGGCUGGAGAUCUAUGACCAUUGUGGCGUACCUGGACCAAUCAAUAAACUGGACCAAUUGGAUUUCCAUUUUCAGGGAUUUAAAUUCAGAGCCACAAAAGGAGAUUGUCAGUUGAUGAUGAGCUAAGACACCCUGAAGUAUACUCACAACCUUAGCAAGCCAUGUGCAGUCUAGUGCUCCACCCCUCUACCCACCCCGUCCAACCCCCACCAAAAUACUAACAAAAUACAACACACUAGUUCAUCAUCUAGACCAUAAUAACUCGCUGGGGAUAGUGCUGGUAGUUUUUGUUUGUUUAACAUUUCUUUCAAAUACUAAGAUUAACGGAGUUGCAUAGUGAAAAAAAACUGUAGGAAAGGGUCGGACCUAGGCCUGGAGUGAAGGGCACAAGAUGCUUUUAUUUUAAACCCCUAAAAGUGUUGCAAAGUGUUUUUAAUUUCAUAUAAAUAGUUAAGGAUCACAUGAACACAAUCCAGUACAAAUGGGUCCAGGAGCUUCAACGAGCGUUCCAGCUUCUUCGUAACGUUCCCACAUCGUGCAACAAGCGGAGGGAAGAAAACUUCCGGCGCCCCCACCUACGGCUCCCCAGCCGUGCCCCGCUGCUCUAAAUCUGCAGACUUGAUCGAUUGCUUCUGCCUGGGCGGUACCGCCCGAAUCGACUGCUCCUGUCUGAUGCGUCCCCGGGCGCGGGAAACGAAUUUCAAUCCACUUUCCUGACCCCAACCAUCCUGCCCAGUCUCCGCUUCCCCGUCUUGUACACCCCUAACUCCUGAGGCUCCUCCGAAUCACGCGAGUGGAAGCGGAGAAGCUCAAGUGGCCGCCAUGUCGGAGGCUUAUUUCCGAGUGGAGUCGGGUGCGCUGGGGCCUGAGGAGAACUUUCUUUCUUUGGACGACAUCCUGAUGUCCCACGAGAAGCUGCCGGUGCGCACGGAGACCGCCAUGCCUCGCCUUGGCGCUUUCUUCCUGGAGCGGAGCGCAGGCGCCGAGACUGAGAACGCGGUCCCACAGGGUCUUUCUCUGUUGCCCAGGCUGGAGUGCAGUGGUGUGAUAUGGCUCACUGCAGCCUUGACCUCCCAGGCUCCAGUGAUCCUCCCACCUCAGCCACCUAUGUGGCUGGUAUUGCAGGGUUCCAAGCUUGAACUACCCUUGUGGCUGGCAAAAGGACUUUUUGACAACAAGCGACGGAUCCUUUCUGUGGAACUCCCCAAGAUCUACCAAGAGGGUUGGAGGACUGUGUUCAGUGCAGAUCCCAAUGUGGUGGACCUCCACAAAAUGGGGCCCCAUUUCUACGGGUUUGGCUCCCAGCUCCUGCAUUUUGACAGUCCCGAGAAUGCAGACAUUUCCCAGUCUCUGCUGCAGACUUUUAUCGGACGUUUUCGCCGCAUCAUGGACUCCUCACAGAAUGCUUACAACGAAGACACUUCAGCCCUGGUAGCCAGGCUAGACGAGAUGGAGAGGGGCUUAUUUCAAACAGGGCAGAAAGGACUGAAUGACUUUCAGUGUUGGGAGAAGGGGCAGGCUUCUCAGAUCACAGCUUCCAACCUCGUUCAGAAUUACAAGAAGAGAAAAUUCACUGAUAUGGAAGACUGAAGGCCGGAAGAACACAGAAUGGCUCCUCACAGACAUAUCCCUCUGUGUGUCCUUGAUAGGAGCUGAUUGACCUUGUACAGAACCAGAAUCCUGUCCCAUUUCAUGGCUUAUUUCCUGUGGCAUAGAGAAUUAUAGGGAACUGGACAUGCUGGAGGAUGUGGGUGUCCUUGGCUCUGUGAGUCUUCCAGGACCGUCCCACCCUGCUGACCCAUAGCCCAGGCCCUUUAACCCAAGAACCCAUGGCCAAGGAGAAAUCAAAGUCCUUCCUAAAUAAGAAUCACUGCCAUAUAAUAUAUCACAGUAGAGUUGCAACUGAGAUUCCUUGUGUCUGGGAGUUUGGACAGCUUCAGAUGUACAGUUUCACUAGCCACAAAGCACAGGUACAAACCGGGUCAUCGCCUGUUCACAAAAUGCUCUCUUGAUCUUAUUUGCCUCAUCUUCCUCAUGGUUGUACAGAGGAUAGCACCCCACCAUGCCAGCCUGACUUGGAGAUAUCUCCUGCUGCCUGCCUGCAGGGAGUUACCCCAGUUUCCAAAAACAGUCGCCCAGAUAAAGGAGGAAAAGGGAAAGGCAGACGAAUGGCAUGGCUUUUACUAAAGAAAAGAUGUUGGCCUCAUACUCUAUACUCAGGGCUUAAUGAACUGGAAUCUGCAUAACUCAGCAGUCAACCCAGAAGGGAAAUGGUUAAACUGAGCUUGUUAUUGCCUCGGAGAGCCUAAGAGCACCCACACACUUAAUUCUACUCCCUGUCUAGAAAAGCUGUCAGGGAGUCGUUUGGAAUUGCAAUGUAGUUAUUAAGGGCUGUUAACCAGCCUGCAUUACAUCUGGAAGUCAGGACUUGGUUGCUGACUAUGAAGGGCCCUGUUUUCAAAAUCUAACAUUGCAAGUGUAAAUGGGCAAGAAGCCUCCGUUGUGCUUUUUUUUUUCCUCUUCAGUAACUUUUGCAACAUUAUUGCAUAGAAGAUCCCUGACCAUUUACUAGGAACCUGGUUAAGCAAGCACUAAUCUCUUUUCCUGGAGAUCAAGGAUGCAACCUCAGGUUGAGAAAGAAACAGGGUUCCCUGGGCCCAUUAGACUGUUUGCAGGGCAUCACUGCUUCCCCCUGACACCUCACAACUAGCAAAAAUUGUCUUUGUCUUUGGAAAUUAUAGAGGGAUUUGGGUAUCCAGAUUGUGCAGAUGCAAACUUAGACUGUCUUGAUGCAAACUUAGAACCACAGAAAUGCUUUUAAAAUGCCUGUUUUAAGAUGGAAUUGUUGUUUUUAUAAUUUGAUUUUAGUGCUAAAUAAAUGGCUUUGUACAUGAA